UGUUUGUAUUUUGAUUUUGACAAAUCAUUUGAAGAUAUGAUUCUAUACGAUGAUGCAACACUUGGAACACGGCCCACAAAGAUAAUCAGAGGAGAAAAUAGAACAGCUCUUUUGUUAUGCUUUGAUAUUGAUGUUUCACAAGAUAAGACAUUUCAACAUCUACUUAACGUCUAUGAAUGGAAUAUGUUGCCUGUGGAACGUACAAAUAGAGUUCAAAUUAAAGGCGUUUCUAUGGAAACAACACCUGAGGACGUGAAAGACUAUUUCAAUAAAAAGCUUUCAAAUGAUGUAAGCAUAACAUCUAUGGUAUACAGAGAACACUUGGGGGACUAUAUCGCCACGUUUCCGACAAUACAUGAUGCAGAGAGAGUGGUAAACCAAGAGAUUAACUCUAUAAAUGGCAAAGAAAUUGACGUAACUUAUUACUAUCCUUAUCUAGAAGAUGAGGAUGCAUAUAUAUUUAAUAUUCCACAAUCAAAGAAAAUGCAGCACGUUGACAAAGAUAUUUGCUGGUAUCUACAAAACUCCAAUAAAUACAGAAAAGAGUUAGAAAAAAGUGUAGAAUCCCAUCAUGGAAAAGUUCGUUGGCCUAGUAAUGAAGUAGCAUAUAUGGAGGUAAUGUGCAAUGUGGAUGAACGAGACAGAAAGGCAAAGAUAAAAGUUGAAGAGUGGGAAGAACAUGCGGCCUCGGCUGUUUUAAGUGUUUGUCGAAAGUUGUCAGUCCAUCAUAGUUAUUUUGCUCUUGAGGUAGGGGCAUUUUUGUUUUCAAGAAAACAAAAUAAGCGUAGAAAACAUAUAAUCUUAAAAUCAUCAAUUUGUUUCACAAGUUCUACAAAUCAAAGUGAAAAAGUUUAACUUUAUAAUAUAUAUUCAUACAGGUUUCAUAAAUUUAUGAACUAUACCUCCCCCAAAGAUAUUACACAGUAUAUGUUAUUUUUUUUUUGUUUGUUUUGGGCUUUACGUCACAUCGACACAGUAUAGGUCAUAUCGCGACGUUCCAGCUUGCUUACAUUUUAUUAGCCUAGAAGAACCGAGAUUUUCUCUUUUAGCGUAUAACUAUCGAGGUAAAUGUGAUACAAAUUGUUUAGAAACUACUUAUUCUUAAAAAUAUAGAUGUAAAACAAUUUGUAGAUCU